AUGUCAAACAUUCACGGUUUAAACGCCGACGAUGACGACAGACCUCCCAGACAUUCUCAUUCGGGUAGUGAUAGUGCUAAUGAAGAUGAGGAUAGACAAGGAUUCUUUGUUGGGGGAAGUGUUCGGAGUGGCCAACAAGUUCUCGGUCCAAACCGUCGAGAUCUGGAUUCUCACCUCUUCAAUGCUAUUCAACGUGCCGGAGCUGAACGUUUAACUCCAGAACAGGUUGAAGCACUUGGUCGACAACAACAAAGCGGUUCGAAUUCAUCCAACAGAUUUUCUGGAGGUUUCCGUUUGGGAGGGAAUGGAGUUGAGAGUGGGCCUAUUGGGGGUGGAAAUGUUGCGCCUACUGCUGCUGCUGCUGCAACAAAUGUUGGAAAUAAUUCGAAUAGACCUCCUCAACAAGUGGUUUGGAAUUUUUUUGAAUUUUACUUAGGAAGGAGGGAGAGUUCAAAAGUUAUUUUUAACCCUUUUUGUAAGCUAAAUACUUUCCGACGUUUACAUACAAAACUUUUCUAG